UUUCUUCGCUGUCUUCACUCUCAACAGCCGUGGAGGAGGGCUGCUUGCUUACUUGCCAGCUGCUUCAUAUAUUCUAGAGAGAGAAACUCUUUUUCAACUCUUUCUCUCUCUCUCUCUCUCUCUCUCUCUAAAAUGGCCGCCGAUGAUGAACCAAUGCCUACUCGUUGGUCUUUCGAGGAGUUCAAAAAGUAUUAUGAUGUUAGGCUUGGUAGGAAGAAACUUGUGGAGAAUGGUGAGAAUGCUGUUAGUAAUGGAAAUUCGUCCGGCAUUGCAUCCAAUGGCAAUUCACACGGCAAAGUAACAUCGGAUAGGGCUAUUUAUGAUCAGUUUCAAAGCCAGGGGCAGAAUCCGACGCAUACAAAUGGUUUUGGACCAAACGGUGUUGAUGAAAAGCCGAAGAAGUCUUUGCUUCCACCUUUUGAAUCUGCAGAAAUGCGUACUUUAGCAGAGAGCUUAAGUAGGGAUAUCAUUCGCGGGAGUCCAAAUGUGAAGUGGGAAAGCAUCAAGGGUUUAGAGAAUGCCAAACGUUUACUGAAAGAAGCUGUAGUGAUGCCGAUUAAGUAUCCCAAGUACUUUACUGGUCUGUUAUCACCAUGGAAGGGUAUUCUCCUUUUUGGGCCCCCAGGGACUGGAAAGACAAUGCUUGCAAAGGCAGUUGCAACUGAGUGCAACACUACAUUUUUUAAUAUUUCAGCAUCGUCUAUUGUCAGCAAAUGGCGAGGUGAUUCAGAGAAGUUAGUAAAGGUGUUAUUUGAGCUUGCAAGGCAUCACGCGCCCGCAACAAUAUUUCUUGACGAAAUUGAUGCAAUCAUUAGUCAACGUGGUGAGGGGCGCAGUGAACAUGAAGCAAGUAGACGGUUAAAAACUGAACUACUCAUUCAGAUGGAUGGUUUAGCACGGACGGAUGAACUUGUUUUUGUUUUGGCGGCAACAAAUCUUCCCUGGGAAUUGGAUGCAGCCAUGCUUAGACGUCUUGAGAAGCGAAUCCUUGUACCGCUUCCAGAACCAGAAGCAAGAAGAGCAAUGUUUGAGGAACUCCUUCCUCUGCAGCCUGAUGAGGAACCGAUGCCCUAUGAUUUACUGGUGGACCGGACAGAAGGAUACUCAGGCUCGGAUAUUCGCUUACUUUGUAAAGAAACAGCAAUGCAGCCAUUGAGACGCUUAAUGACACAACUUGAACAAGAACCAGAUGUGGUGCCCGAAGAAGAGUUGCCAAAAGUUGGGCCAGUCGUGCCUGAAGAUGUAGAGGCAGCUUUAAGGAACACACGGCCAUCUGCUCAUCUUCUUGCCCACAAAUACGACACGUUUAAUGCCGAUUAUGGUAGUCAAAUACUUCAAUGAAAUGAUGUAAUUGUUAUUGUUAGGUGAUCUAUGAUUUGGGGUCAUAAAAUUGUUGCGGCACAACUAGGAAAAAUAAAAUAGUAUUAUUUUGGGUACAGUGAUGUUGUUUAUAGAUUUUCAUGACAUGUUAAUCACAUUCUUCUAUGUGAGUGAUCACACUUGAUCGUUUUUCAAAUGGUUGUGAUAUUUUACAUUCCUUAGUUUAUUCUUCUGCAGCAGAGCAGACGAGCAGUAAUAUUAUAAUCUGUAUGCAACGUUA